GAAGUUGUAGUCAUAUUUUUUUUCUAACGUUUGUUACUACUUUUUUAGGGCUCUCCUGUAAAAUGGAAAACUCUGACUCAGUCUUCUGAACAGCAGAGGAUGCUGGAAAGGGGGCACUUAACCCAGAUAACUGGAUGCCUGAGGAAGAUCAUUACUUUGCACAAAGAAGACAGUGAACCAUUUGGCUUUGAAAUUCAGACCUACGGAGUACAUCGCCAAGAUGACAAUACUGUUGAGAUGUUAACGUUUGUGUGCAGAGUCCAUAAGAACAGUGUUGCAGAGGUAGCAGGACUGAAACAAGGUGACACGAUUGUAGGCAUAAAUGGAAUCUGUGUAGAGGGCAUGCGCCACAAGGAGAUUGUGGAAAUUAUCAAGUCUUGCAGUCGCUUUGUGAGGUUGGAAACUGUUUACGGGACAGAUAUAAGGAAGACUGAGCUGGAAACAAGGCUGCAGUAUCUUAAGCAAACACUGCAUGAAAAGUAUGAAGAAUAUCGUUCAUUGAUGGUCCAGGAACAGCGGCUUGUUAAUGGCAUUGUUACGACUGAUCCGACUGUGUAUGAUACCUUGGAAUCGGUUCAAGCUUACGUCUAUGGACAGCAUUUAUUCCCCAACCCUGCCCUUCAUAGAGAGGACUUGUACCGAAUGAGUACGUGUAGCAGCAGCAGUUGUGUCAGCACUGGAACAGAUGAAAGUGAUGACCACCUUUACACCACCUGCAUGUUUGAUCCUGUGGAGGAAAACGGUACUCACAACAGAGACCGUCAUGUUCCUGUAAGUAAACCUACGCUAAGCAGGAGUGCUAGUCUGAGAACUACCCAAAAUGGGGCAGAUUAUCGAUCUAGGGACAGGGUAUGUGAGCAGAAUCACUUUAUUACACUGCCACGUAAAUCAAAACAGAAAAGUCUUCGAAAGAGACUCCUGAAGUUUAUUCCUGGACUGAACAAAUCUGUUGAGGAGGAGGAAAGCCAGUUAUGAUACAGUUAAUAUUGUGCCACUGUUUACAUCUGUUUUUGGUUGUUUUUGUAAAGAUUUUAUUUAUUUUAUUUAUUGUUUACUAAAUGUAAAAAUUAUUUUUCAUUGGAUUAUCGCUUGUACUAAAAAAAGAAAAAAAAAAUCACCUGCCAGCUUAAUCAUGGUAAGGUUUUGGUAUAAUAAAUAUUUGUUUAAUAACAGCA